UGUCCAUAUAUACAUAUACACUCUCUUUCUCUACCACAAGCUAGGUCCAGCAGUCUAGUAUGGCCAUGGCAUACCAUCUUUGCCAAACCAUGCUCUGCUGCAAGCCAUACAAGACUGUUAUAAUUAGGAGCUUAAAAAUCAAGUCUUGCUAUGAAAAUCAUAAUGAAAGCAAACUAAUAAUCCAAACAAAGAAAAGAUGCCUGAGAUGCAAUACUCUUUACUCAGACCAAGACAAUUCACCCACUGCUUGCUCCUUCCAUGGCCACACAACUGGAGAAAGAGGGUUAUUGGCAUUGGCUCCACCACACCAAGGGAUAGAUGGUGAGUGGAGUGAUCGGUCUGGUGUAAUAGUUUACAGAUGGAAUGAGAGGAAUAACAGACCAAACACUGGAAGUGGCAAUUGGAAGAAGAGAUGGAGCUGUUGUUCUGAGUAUGGUGAAGAUGCACCACCUUGUAGAACAGGUUGUCAUGUUUCCUAUGAUGAUGGCUACACUUUGUAUUAAUACGUAAUCAUAUGAAUGAGAACAUAAAGAUUUGUAUUUGAUCAAAGUUUCUGUUGUAGCAAAGAAAAAUGCUAAAUUAUAGAAUAUGAUCUUUGUCAUGUGAUUA